AUGGAUGAAAUAUUGCAGAUCCCCAACUCCACUAAUCCUCUCUCCUAGAGAGAGUAUUCCCCAGACAAAUUCAGCAUUAUGAAUGAGUCGAGAAAUGGAAACUAUAAAUAAUCAUUAUAGAAGUAAAGUUCAAAGAAAUAUUCUAUUGAUACGUCGAUCAAGGCUUCUAACAAAUUUGUGAAGAAGAGUUCCUUGAGAAUGCCUCCGCUGUGCAAUAAUUCAUCUUCGCUGAACAUGUCAAGUAUGAAUAACUAUUAAAAUCCAAUAUUUCUACCCAACCUUCAAAGCUCUAUCAACUCCAAUAUCAACUACGCAAACACCAAUACCAAUAGUAAUACCAUGGGUUUAGCCUCGUAGUUAUAUAACAAUCCAGUUAAUGUGAGUAGCCACACAGGGAUGCUAUCUCAUCAGAGUACGAAUGUCAACACCAAUGUAGCGUUGAGCAACUAAAAUAAUAAUAACAACAACAAUACUCACAACACUUCUACCUCCAAUACAAAUGGAAAUGGCAAUGGAAUCAAUCUAGUUCUGUCAUUGCACAGCCAGAGUGAACUCUCUCCCCAGGCCUACACUAAUAAAUAUUAAGAACAGAUGGUUAGAAAGAUAGCUAAUAGCAGCAGUUUUAUGAGUCAUAAUUAUACUAGUUCACCAACAAGCAGGAUCCAUAAGGAAGCUUCAAAGCAGUCUCUAGGAACAAUUUACAGUUCAGGCACUGUAUAGCAAAAUCAUUAUCAGUAGUAGUAGAGUACCAGAUAAAGCUAAUUCAGGUCAUCUAGAUUAUAUAAGAAGUUUUAUAACCCAAACGGCAUUAACUCUAACCCGCCCACACAUCAUCUUAUCAAUCAAGAGUUAUAAUAAUCUCUGGGCACAUUAAAUGGUGGAAAUAGCAAUCACUCUUUAGACAAGUCUCCAUAUCAAAGAUAACUGGCUUAAGGAUACUAGCAAGCAGAACAUAACAUAACUUCGGGACAGACCUCAGUAUCUAAGCAGAGAAAUACUACGCACAACACUUUAUCGCAUAACUAGCAGCCGACUAAUAUAUUCAGUAGUCAACACCAAUCCAACAUUAUAAAUUAGGCUCGUAAAGGAAUGAGUCUCUAUUAAAAGCGUAAGAUGAAGAUAAAUCAAGUCUCCCUGGGGAAUAUAUCAAUAACAGAUGAGCGAUCCACAGAUAUCCAUGAAGAAAACAGCUUUAACAAUUAGAGUUUAACCAAUAAUCUACACCAAGAAACGCAUGGUCGGGGCUUUAGUAACGGAAAUAACAAUAUCACGCCUUAUAAAACUGUUAAUAAUUUUAAUAAUCUUAAAAGCGUAACUAAAUCUACAAGCAGUAAGCAAUCCUCACAACUUAGACAUUAGAAUCCAUCCAGUCAUAACACUAAUAAUAAUAUUCUCGAGUCUCAGAAUGGCGCACUCACUGAUCAAUUAAGAUCUUAUUAGAGAAAGAGUAAAUUCACUUAGCAUAAGGAGGGGUGUCAAUCUUAAAACGUUAAUGAAUUAUUAUCAGAAAGAGAAUCCGGUAAUCAUCCUAGCAUUUAGAUAAUGACCGAGUAGAGCAACAAUGUUAAUACUUAGACUUUGCUGCUUAAAAUCGAAGAGGAAAACAAUGACGUUAAGAGUAGGUCUAAAAAUGGCUAAAGUCAGCAGUAUCUUAAGUAAUUGGCCUAGGAUAAUAUUAGCAAAGUUAGCUCUAAGACUGAACUGCCUGAGUUGAGGUAAUCUAAGUUUUAAGUAUAGCAGUCAGCUAAUAACAAUCUGAUACCUAGUUCUUAUAAUAGACUUCAGAAUAAUCAGUCAAUUAACUUAAAUAGAUUGAGCUAGCAGCAAAGAUAGCAAUAGACCUUUAUCAGCUCAGAGACAUCUAGUAGAACUCAGCUAAAUCAAUUUGGAAAUUCAAUGCAUCAUGAAACUAUGAGCUAUAUGGAUAAGCUUUAACUAAGUGGCAAGAAAAACACAAGCAAAAUAAGUCAUUUAAGAGUCAAUCCUGAUUCUAUUAAUAAUCAGAGCAUAACUUCACAUUAAUUGACAGAGAUAGAGACAUCUGUAUCGCCAAGAUACUUGAUUGAUAAUGGGAGUAAACAGGGCCAUAAGAUAAUGCCCUCUUAGAAAAAACAGUCCUCUCAGUCACUAUCACUUAAAACUCAGUCGUCCUUCAAUCAGAGUGCCAACAAAAUUAGAAUUGAGAUUAACAAGGAAGAGUCAGUGCUGCAGUUCUUAACUAAAGAUCAUAAAUAGGGGCAAUCCCUGCUCUACUAUGAUUUCAAUGGUUCUAAUUAAAGAAUGAACAAUAAUAAAUAGCAAAGAGUUCAACAAAAUUUGGCUGACUUGAUUAUCCCUGAGGAGACAGAGGAGCUGCCAAUGAUCAACAUAACUAACAAGGAUCAGUUGCAAAGACAAGACAGUGCUUAGAUUCUAGCCAGGCUAGCUAAGAACUAAAUAGCUUCAGCUAAUAUUUAUGGCAAUCAAAAUACUUUGCCAACUCAGUAAUCAAUCACACAGCAAAGUGUAUCUCCAAGAUAAGAGGUUGAAAUCGUAAACUAGAAGAUUGAUAAGGCAAGAAAGAAAAUUAGCAGAUACUUUGCCCAGAACUAGAGUCUGAGCAAUUUAUCAAUGAACAAUACCACUGCUACGAAUCAGAGUGUGAUGAAUAGAGAUUAGAACUCACUUAAAAACCUUAGUGUUGAUAUCGUUAGAAUGGGUUCACCAUUCUUCGGCAACUCAAUGCACAAACAUAUAUAGAACUCUCCCAAAUUGGUCAAUACCAAGCAGUCUAGUUCUACUAUGAAAAUAUCUCCUUCAAAGUAGCAACAGAUUAUCAUUUAAUCUCAUCAACAGACGUUUCAAGAGAAAAAUAAAGGCUAAUUCCUUAGCUUAGAGCAAAAGCUAAUGAAAAAGGAGACCUCUCAGUUCUAUGUAAAUACCUAGACUCAAAAUGGUGAACACACUAAUACCUCUAGAAUGGGUUAUAUCAAGGAAGAUGAAUACAGCAAUUCAGAUGAUGACCGCUACGUCAAUGAAGAGUAUCCAAAUGACUUCAGUUUCAACUAGGAUGAUAUAACAUAGAACGGAGAGAUUAAACAAACCAGUAAGGGUGAAGAUGGGGAAGUCCGUAAUCCUUAGAUAGUUAUUGAGGAGUAAUAAUAUGAUGAUAUAAGUGUGAAUAAUCUUGAUGAGGUUUAAGUAAUGGUUUACAAAAACUAAUACUCAGAUGUCAAACUUGGCUAGGAUAACGUGUCUGAUUCUAAUCAUCUGAAGAUCAGAGAUGACAGCUAUUCCCAGGACUCAUUCCUUGAGGAAGGUCAUGGAGUGUUUAGUUCUACUCAGGCUAAAAAGCAGUCUGCUAAAACUAACUCAAAGCACUACAAACAGACUCUGCCCAAUAUUUCAAACAAUCUCAAAAAGCAGAUUAAGAACGCAGACUUUAAUUAGUUUGACAGAUCUAGACUCAAGCAAGUGAAAAGGACAAGCACUGUUGAUUAUGUAAAGGAGGAGGAGUCAGUAUGGUCGUGA